AUGGCGAUCUCCUCGCGCCGCACCGUGGCAUCGGCAUCGCAGGGUGAGGAGCACUGCGCAAUAUGGGGCAUUCGGCUCUUGAGUCUGGGCUUCCUCCUCGCAGUGCGAACUCUUGGCAAGCCGAAAGCUUUACCUACUUGUCCAACAGCAGAGAGCCUGGAUGCUUUUUGGUCCUUGGUUGUGCUCUGCAUAAGCAUGUACAUGAUGGUGGAUUUCGGUGGCUGCCUCUUCUGCGCAUGCAAGCUGAGCUGGUUCGAGUGGCUUGGUGCCAGAAUGGGAUGCUUCGGGCGCACCAUCAAGGCAACAGCACUUGGUCUGGCUGUGUACAGUCUGGUGCUGUACGGGCGAUCUUUCACCUACCACAUCCAAUGCGUGGGAGUUGUGGGUGUGUUCGUCAUCAUCUGCGCAGGGACCUUUAUUCUUGGGAUGCUGGCGUGGUGGGUUCUGGUCGACAGUGACAGGCCGCAGUCACUUGGGGAUGGUGUGGGCGACGAGGAGGCGAGCAGUGUGUGCAACCUGUUUUGUGAACUUGAUCCCUGGCCAGCGCCGAUGAAAAGCCGUGGCCUUGGCAGCCCUGAUGUUACAGAGCUGGCCACGACAGCCUUUCCGAGUUCCCCAGCCGGCAUUACCAUCCCACCUUCACCAUCGAGGCUUGGCCGCAGCAGCGGCAGCAGCGACGGGCGGUCAAUGUUUCGGGUUUUGGAUCGGUCUGGCGAAGUGCUGUAUGCUGCUCGGACGCGGCAAGCAGUCCGGACCUGGUUGAAGCGGAACUUGGACCGCGAGAAGCGAAAGGGAGCUCUGGUGGAGGACCGACCGCGAUCGAAGCGCCGCCUCAAGAAGCAUUCUACUGGGAAGGUAGGUGCAGUGAGCCGCACUCCAAGACCUGCAGCCGAGGCAGACUUUGCAUUGUUCCUCCAUGAGAAAAACCGCAAGCAGGAGUUGCUGGACCUGUGGGCCUUAGACCUUGCUCGAGCUGAAGACUGGAGCGACCUGCACUCAUCGCUCGAUGAGGAUGGCUGCUGCAGAUUAGUGGCCGGCCUGGAAGCUGCGUGGGAGGAGCUGGCCGGCCCAGAGUACCAAGUUUCGCCAGAGGGCCUGGGGAAUUUCGACGACACACGCGAGUGGCUGCCGUGCCUCGGCAUCAAGACGGAUGCAAUUCAGUUUGGAGAGGACUACAGAAGAGAGCGUGACGACGACGACAGAAUCGUCAGCAAGGAUCACCACAACUAUGUCAGGGGCCCGAUAUCACCGAUUUCAUUGCCAGAUGAGUUUGUUUGCUCCGACUUGGUCGCCAUGUGGGCCACGCAGGCUGCUGGGGGCAAGGAGAAAUGCCAAGAAGCCUUCGAGACGCGGCUGCCCAUGCUGAGCUACUCCGACUGCACUCGGGACCAUGUCCGCGUAUUCCCUGUGCCACCCGGUGGUUCUGCAUACAGCCCGCAGACCUGCUUGGAAAAUCCCUUCCAAGUGGAGGAGUUUGCGCCGAGGCUGUUCUCCGAGGUCCGGCGCUGUUCCGGCAUCUCGAGUGAAGCCUACUUCCUCUCUGUUUGCCGGACGGACUUCGAAUUUAUUGAGUUUGGCACCAAUUCCAAGAGCGGCGAGCUCUUCUUUUUCACAUACGAUCACCAGUAUUUGCUGAAGAGCACCUCCGAGCUGGAGGCUACACGGUGCUACACCACUGGCACCACUUUUGCAUCCUCGUACUCAUUCGAGAACCGGAGAUUGUCGCAGUCUUGCUGUGCUUGUGCCUCAGGCGCAGACGUUGAUUCAGAUGCUGCCGCGGUACUUGCAAAGGCUGCCCAGGGUUGCCUCGAGGGCUUGGUGCUUUGUGCAGUCACUUUGCCUGCUACAGCUGGUGGGCGCAUCAGGCUAAAAGAGGAGCCUCGCUCUAUCCUUGGACGAUACCUUGGCCUCUACCGCGUCAGCAUGCAGGGGCAUCCGCCUCGUCUUUUUUUUGUGAUGCGCUCGGUGACAACGCACUCCCUUGGAAUCUCGCACACGUACGACAUCAAGGGGAGCACCCGAAACCGCAUCUCGGACCCGCACGACUCCGUUGGAAAGGACGUGAAUUUCGAUGAGGAAAUGGGGCCUUCCCUGGACCUUCCGCGCGCCAUCGGAGCCGAGGUAGCCGAAGUCCACCAGGCUGACGUCGAGCUGCUGCAGGAGUUUCGGAUUAUGGAUUUUUCGUUGCUUCUGCAGAUUCAUGACAGAACCAAUGGGGCCUUCCAGCAAAGACGCCAUGAGUGCGGAGUGAGGCUCCGGGAGAUCAAGCAGCGACAGAGGUUUUCGUUUCGCCGUGGCCUGCCGGGCCUGCCGAGCCCGCCCUCACGUCGGACACGAACACUGCCGGGAGGGCUGGUGCCUGCAGAUGGCAGGACAGAGGUGCCGGGACAUAGCCCCGAGGUCCACGUCCGUCCUGGCCGUCCGCGACACACAUGGACAUGGCAAGGCACUACCUCGCUCCUGCUUGCAACAGACCCCUCUCCAUCAAUUCCGUCUACUCCGACCAACUGGCUGCCUAAUGAUGGCACCCUCACGCGGCGAGAUGCAUCUAUGGUGUACACCAUGGGCCUGAUAGACAUGCUUGUGCCAUUCAGCGCGUACCCAAAGAUGCAGUACGUUGGCAUGGAAGUCAUAACAUGUGGGAAUGGGACAGCAAGCAGUCGUGUGCCUCCGGACUUCUAUUGUGAGAGGCAGAUUGAGAAAGUGCAUGCCAUGUGCGAUCAGGAGACGCCCUUUGUGGAUUGA